AUGCACAGCAGAGCGAUGCUGGGCUACAGCCGGCCGGCCCCCGAGCCCCCCGCGCCGGGCAGAGAGAUGGGUGUUUCAUUCCCCCCCCCUGUGGGGUAUUAUCUGCCCCAUCAGUGCCCCCCUGCACCGUCACCACCCCCUCCUCCGGUUACUGCAGAGCUGGAGAACAAGGAAUUAUGGGAGAAAUUUAACGCCGUGGGAACUGAAAUGAUUCUUACUAAGAGCGGCAGGCGGAUGUUCCCUGAAUUUUCGGUGUCCCUCUCGGGGCUGGAGCCGCACUCCCUCUACACGCUCUGCGUCCAGGCCGUCCCGGACGGUGAGACCCGGUACAAGUGGCGCGACGGGGCGUGGAGUGCGAGCGGCCGGGCCGAGCCGGGGCCCCCGACGCGUCUCUACGUGCACCCAGAAUCCCCCGCUCCGGGUCACCGCUGGAUGGACCGACCAAUCAGCUUCAACAAAGUCCGGCUGACUAACAAUACCCUGAAUCAGAACGGCCAGAUCGUGCUGCAGUCCAUGCACCGCUACCUCCUGCGCCUGUUCGUCAUUCCCACCUCCUGCCACGGAUCUCAUCCGCAAGCCGCGGCCACCAUCGCUUUCCCCGAGACGGCCUUCAUAGCCGUGACGAGCUACCAGAACCCCAGGCUGUCGCUGCUGAAGAUCGAGGAGAAUCCGUUUGCGAAAGGAAUUAAAUACUUCAAAACCCAGCAGGAAAGUUACACUCAGAGGAAGAGGGUCUGCAGACCAUCGCAGAGCGGAGAGAGGAGCCCAGGGAGCAAGAAAUCUAAAGAGUGUGCAGAGGAGCUGCGUCCCAUCUCCCGAGACAGCACGGCGGAGAGACAGCCGGUCACACGAGACAGCACGGCGGAGAGACAGCCGGUCACACGAGACAGCGCGGCGGAGAGACAGCCGGUCACACGAGACAGCACGGCGGAGAGACAGCCGCUCACACGAGACAGCACGGCGGAGAGACAGCCGGUCACACGAGACAGCGCGCAGGAGAGACAGCCGGUCACACGAGACAGCACGGCGGAGAGACAGCCGGUCACACGAGACAGCACGGCGGAGAGACAGCCGUUCACACGAGACAGCACGGCGGAGAGACAGCCGCUCACACGAGACAGCACGGCGGAGAGACAGCCGGUCACACGAGACAGCGUGCAGGAGAGACAGCCGGUCACACGAGACACCACGGCGGAGAGACAGCCGGUCACACGAGACAGCACGGCGGAGAGACAGCCGGUCACACGAGACAGCACGGCGGAGAGACAGCCGGUCACACGAGCAGAUAGGAGAGGAGACAGAAGCCGUGGGGGAGACAGUCCGUCCGCAGAGAUAAAGGAAGAGACAUCCCCAGCAGUAGACAUUGCUGUAAAAUGGGGCGCGGUGAUGCAGAGACAGCCCUGGGGGUCCCCAUCAGCAGGAUCCCCACUCCGAGCAUCCCCCUACUCACCAUCUCAGUGUGUGAUGGGACACAGAUUCGCCUUCCAGUACCCCCAGGGUUUCCCCCCUACGCUCUCCGGGUCGCCCCCCGGCUCUCCCUGCUGCCCCUUCAUUGUGCCUUCUUGGAUGGCCCCGCCCAAUAGAUUCAGCCCAACCUUCUCUGGACUCCACCCCCAGCUCUGGCAGCAGGUGAUCCCGCCCCCCUGGUACCUACCAACACACCCCUCCUCCAUGGGCCUCUGACACCCCCAGUUUGGGUUCCAGGAAUCUAAUGCCCCGCAGCGGAGCAGAACCGGGGUCCCUGCAAUAAUGGGGUGCAAGUUCUACAACGCAACGGCGGACGGAGCCGCAUUACCCCAAACCCUGCAUGAGCCGGGGCAAAGACGAGUUACCCCACCGGCC